AUGGGCGAGAGAGGAGGUUCUUUUUCUUCUUCUUCUUCGACUCCGAGCCGGUACGAGUCCCAGAAGAGGCGCGACUGGAACACCUUCGCCCAGUUCCUCACCAACCACCGCCCGCCCGUGGGGCCCUUCGCUUGCUCGGAGGACCACGUGCUCGACUUCCUGAGGUACCUCGACCAGUUCGGGAAGACCAAGGUCCACCUGGAUGGCUGCAUCUUCUACGGGCAGCCGGAGCCCCCGCCCGCCCCUUGCACCUGCCCGCUCAGGCAGGCCUGGGGCAGCCUCGACGCCCUCGUUGGCCGGCUGCGGGCAGCUUACGAGGAGAACGGCGGCACGGCCGAGACCAACCCUUUUGCAGGCCGGGCCGUCAAGGCCUACUUGAGGAGUGUGAAGGAGAGUCAGGGUAAAGCGAGGGGCAUGCCGUACAAGAAGAAUAAGAAGAAGAAGAGCACCACGAAUUAUGAUCGUGAUGAUGGUGAUGAUUAUUAUGAAUGA